AGAAAGUCCAAUACGGUCACACACAACUUCACGUUUAACACAAUUUAAUUGAUUUCCUUAUUAUUUAACAACCGAUCGCAGCGACACGAGUGGGUGCGUGUGGUCAGUUUUAAAAAGAGAUCGCAAAGGAAUCCUAACCAGAAUGCUAGUCAUUAACUCAUGCAGAGCUGCCUCCAGAUUGGCGCUACGCAGCCUCAAUUUGCGAUCGCCGAUCGCAACGCGCACUUUCUCGACGGGAUUGGCCCUGAAAACGAAAGAUGUUGUUAACAUAACCUUCGUGCGUGCCAAUGGGGACAAGAUUAAGACGUCCGGAAAAGUGGGUGACUCCCUGCUGGACGUGGUGGUCAACAACAAUGUGGAUCUGGAUGGCUUCGGGGCCUGUGAGGGCACGCUGACCUGCUCCACCUGCCACUUGAUCUUCAAGACCAGCGAUUUCGAGAAGCUACCCGACAAACCCGGUGAUGAGGAGCUGGACAUGCUGGAUCUGGCGUACGAACUGACGGACACCUCGCGGUUGGGCUGCCAGAUCACCCUGUCGAAGGACAUGGAGGGCCUGGAGGUACAUGUGCCCUCCACCAUCAAUGACGCACGUGCCGCGUAGAUAGACACCACUGUUAUCAAUUGUUACAAUUUUGAGUGCUAAUUCGCUUUAGUUCAACCUAGAUGUAGUCAAUAGUUUUGAAUGAAAUCGUAUGUAUUGUCCCAGGGACACGAACCUCAGGCGGCUAUAAUGGAUGCGCGCAUAAAUCCGAUUCCAGGUGCGGAUUAGCGUCCGCUGUUGUUUUUAAAGUGUUUAAGCUCAAAGGGAUUAGAUCAAUAUGUAAAUAUUUGUGUUGCAAUAAAUUUACAUGUAUUUUCGUA